AUGUACCACUCGUACCCGACUUCUCAACCUCUAAACUCUGAUAUCUUGCAGAUUCUGUGCCUUCUGGACUUCUAUGUGCACUAUUCCGUUCAACGAAAAGGUCACGGUAAAGCUAUCAUCGACUAUAUGCUUCAAAAUGAACACGCUGAACCCUACCAGCUGGCGUUGGACAAUCCAUCAGUGACGUUGCUGGGCUUCAUGUCGCAGCGAUACGGUCUUACAAAACCAGUGUGGCAGAACACAAAUUUCGUGGUAUUCGAGGAACUUUUCAAAUCGGUCACUCCCAACGGUGCCGCCGAAAGCCCACCAGAAGGUUGGCGUCGACCUCAAACACCGCGACGAAUCGGCGCUGGUGCCACCGAGACCCGCUGGCUGGAACACGCUAUCAGCGGACAUUCCGCAAAGGGUCACGCGAUGAACGCCCCAGUGGAUGCCGAUCAGACGCCAGAAGGAGCGCUGGCCAACCGAGCCAAUCAGGCAAGGACGCGCAAGGCUCACAUCUUGUCCAGCACUCCGCUGUGGUAG